CUUGUGUCUUAAACUCUAUAAAAGACAGAGUGCAUCUAUAUUCUCUACUCUCUCGCUCUCUUCUGACCCAGAGAAACUCACAGAUUCAGUGUCUGCUCUCACAUCAUGAAGCUUCUGGUGUUUCUUCUGUUGCCUUACCUCUCUCUGAGUGAGGUUGGGCAGGAUUUUAGUAAAUGCAGUCGGUUCUUUUUGAAUAAUGACCCUCCUCAGAUCACACUACCAGCGAGCGUCUCAGUCAAGCACAUCUGUCAGUGUCUUAAGGAUAACAACAAUCAGAUAAUUUAUCUUUAUGCAACUUUGUACAGCACAGCAUGGAGGAUCCCCAUCUACUCAGCGUAUGUGUUUGGGAGCCCAAAUGUUGGGAGGGCUGACCGCUGGUACAUUGAACCUCAGCUGGAUCUAGGAACUACUGCUGAGCCGUGUAUGAGUCCUCAAGAUCGCGACAGCAUUAUUAAUCAGGCUGUGAAUUGUGACUAUGAUUAUUCUGGCUAUGACAGAGGUCAUCUGUACCCGGUGCAGCACACAGACAAUCAUCUCUCCAUGCUGGCCACCUCCACCCUGACCAACGCCGCUCCACAGGACCUUUCGUUCAAUCGGGGUCUAUGGAGUGCACAUGAGGGGAAGGUUAUUAAAGAUCUGAAAGGCUGUGAUGAGGCUUAUGUGGUGACUGGUGUAGUUCCUGAAAUUAACAUAAAAAUUCCAACAAAUAACCCUAGAGUUACUGUCUCAAAGUAUUACUGGAGAGCCACCUGCUGUCUAAAGAACAAUAUGUUCACAGGGAAGGGUUACUUUGGACCUGAUAACAAUGGCGGAGUGCAGGAAUUAACAAUCGCAAAUCUACAGGCACAGCUGAGAAUAUAUUACAAUGUGAAUAAUAUUAUAAUUUUCCCAAGCCCCUUGACAGGUAGUUGUAACUAG